GUCCUUCAUUAGCUGGGGCACUAAUCUUCAUUGGCUCGUUAAUACACAGCUCCUCUUUGUUUGACUUUAUUCACCAUUGGGCACAGAGGCACGGCUGUUAUCUAGAGUUUAUACACUAUCCGUCUUGGUUCUGUCUUUAGGGUCUUAAAUUUGGUGAACUAACAGUCAAGGUUAAAGAAAAAAGUCAAAUAUUUAAAAAGAUGUGUUGUACAGGAAAGUGUGCACGCUUAGUGGGUUUGAUGCUGUUGCCUUCUGCAUUUCUGUGUAUGAUAGCCAACCUUCUGUUGUUCUUCCCCAGUGGCAAUGUUUUGGAAAAUGAUCAGAUCUCCCUACAGGUCUGGCUGAUGGGAGGACUCUUCGGUGGAGGCUUGUUUAUGCUGUGUCCAAGCUGCUCGGCUGUCAGAGCUGGUGGAAAGGGUUGCUGUGGGAAGGGCUGCUGUGGAAAUCGUUGCCGCAUGCUGAGCUCUGUGUUUUCCUCUGCAUUUGGUCUAAUUGGGGCAACAUACAACACCAGCGUGGCCUCUGCAGCACUGGCUAUUGGACCAAAAUGCCGCCUGGACUCAGGGACCUGGGAAUAUCCCUUUGAGAACCUGCCCCAAGAUAAUACCAGCUACUUGGUGGAUAAAUCUCAGUGGUCUGUCUGUGCUUUCCCGGAAAAUGCAGUCCUCUGGCACAUCGUUCUCUUCUCCAUCCUACUAGGUCUGGGCGUCCUGCAGGUCGUGCUCCUUGGGAUCCAGAUCAUUAACGGCUGCAUGGGUUGUCUGUGUGGAGACUGUCGAGAAAGCAGAGAGGAUGAUGGAGGAUUGUGAAUGGAAGAUAGUAUCAAGACAAAAUCAAGGAAUCAAAUUCCAUAAAACAUAUUUUGUUCACUGAUAGAUAGCAGUCACACGCAUAUCUAUUUAUUAAUGUGAUCUACAUGAUCAAAUUAUACCUGUAUAAAAAUACAUUUUCAGCAGUUUCAUCUUUAAUUUACAACAGGAUCUAUUUUUCGUAGUGCAUUUACUAUCAGUUACCUGAAAGCAAUACUGCAUAUGUGAACAUUGCUUAGGUAUCUACUGUACACUGUGCUAUUUAUAUUGCUAUUACAAUCAAUUAUUAAACUUGAUAUGGCAUAA